CGCUGAGCCGGGGGGAGCAGCGGCGGCCGCCACCCCCGGGCAUGUGAGGGGCGCACCCGGCGGCGGGGCCCGCAGCGGCGCGGAGGCCGCCGCAGACGGUGCACGUGGAGGCCACUAUGAAGCUGAAGAAGCAGGUGACAGUAUGUGGGGCUGCUAUCUUCUGUGUGGCGGUCUUCUCGCUCUACCUCAUGCUGGACCGAGUGCAGCACGACCCCGCCCGACACCAGAGCGGUGGGAACUUUCCCCGGAGCCAGAUCUCCGUGCUGCAGAACCGCAUCCAGCAGCUGGAGCAGCUGUUGGAGGAGAACCAUGAGAUCAUCAGCCACAUCAAGGACUCGGUGCUGGAGCUGACGGCCAACGCCGAGGGCCCGCCCGCCCUGCUGCCCUACCACACGGCCAACGGCUCCUGGGUGGUGCCACCGGAGCCCCGGCCCAGCUUCUUCUCUGUCUCCCCUCAGGACUGCCAGUUUGCUUUGGGGGGCCGGGGCCAGAAGCCAGAGCUGCAGAUGCUGGCGGUGACCGAGACGCUGCCGUUCGACAACGUGGAGGGUGGCGUGUGGCGGCAGGGCUUUGACAUCUCCUACAGCCCACACGACUGGGACGCCGAGGACCUGCUGGUGUUCGUGGUGCCGCACUCGCACAACGACCCAGGCUGGAUCAAGACCUUCGACAAGUACUACACGGAGCAGACGCAGCACAUCCUCAACAGCAUGGUAUCCAAGCUGCAGGAGGACCCCCGGCGGCGCUUCCUCUGGGCCGAGGUCUCCUUCUUUGCCAAGUGGUGGGACAACAUCAGUGCCCAGAAGAGAGUGGCAGUCCGGAGGCUGGUGGGAAACGGGCAGCUGGAGAUUGCCACAGGAGGCUGGGUGAUGCCGGACGAGGCCAACUCCCACUACUUUGCACUAAUCGAUCAGCUCAUUGAGGGGCACCAGUGGCUGGAGAGGAACCUCGGUGCAGCCCCGCGCGCUGGCUGGGCGGUGGAUCCCUUUGGGUACAGCUCCACCAUGCCUUACCUGCUGCGCCGUGCCAACCUGACAAGCAUGCUGAUCCAGAGGGUGCACUAUGCCAUCAAGAAACACUUCGCCGCCACCCGCAGCCUGGAGUUCAUGUGGAGGCAGACGUGGGACCCGGACUCCAGCACAGACAUCCUGUGCCACAUGAUGCCCUUCUACAGCUAUGACAUCCCCCACACCUGCGGCCCCGACCCCAAGAUCUGCUGCCAGUUCGACUUCAAACGCCUGCCCGGGGGGCGCAUCAACUGCCCCUGGAAGGUGCCGCCCCGGGCCAUCACCGAGGCCAACGUGGCAGAGAGGGCGGCCCUGCUCCUGGACCAGUACCGGAAGAAGUCCCGGCUCUUCCGGAGCAACGUGCUCCUGGUGCCGCUGGGCGACGACUUCCGAUACGACAAGCCGCAGGAGUGGGAUGCCCAGUUCUUCAACUACCAGAGGCUCUUCGACUUUCUCAACAGCAAGCCUGACCUGCACGUCCAGGCGCAGUUCGGCACGCUCUCUGACUACUUCGACGCUCUGUACAAGAGGACAGGCGUGGAGCCGGGGGCCCAGCCCCCAGGGUUUCCGGUGCUGAGCGGAGAUUUCUUCUCCUACGCCGACCGGGAGGAUCAUUACUGGACAGGCUACUACACUUCCCGGCCUUUCUACAAGAGCCUGGACCGCGUCUUGGAAGCCCACCUGCGGGGGGCUGAGAUCCUGUACAGCCUGGCUGUGGCUCACGCCCGCCGCUCGGGGCUGGCCGCCCAGUACCCGCUCUCUGACUUCGCCCUCCUGACGGACGCUCGGCGCACCCUGGGGCUCUUCCAGCACCAUGACGCCAUCACCGGCACGGCCAAGGAAGCGGUGGUUGUGGACUACGGGGUCAGGCUCCUGCGCUCGCUCGUCAGCCUGAAGCGGGUCAUCAUCAAUGCUGCUCACUACCUGGUGCUGGGGGACAAGAGCACCUACCGCUUCGACCCCGAGGCCCCCUUCCUCCAGGCGGAUGACAGCCGCUUAAACCACGACGCCCUGCCCGAGCGCACGGUGAUCGCGCUGGAUGCUUCCCCCAGGUUCGUGGUGCUCUUCAACCCGCUGGAACAGGAGCGGCUCAGCGUGGUGUCGCUGCUGGUGAACUCGCCCCGGGUGCGCGUCCUCUCGGAGGAGGGCCAGCCGCUGGCCGUGCAGAUCAGCGCGCACUGGAGCUCUGCCACGGACAUGGUCCCCGACGUCUACCAGGUGUCUGUGCCCGUCCGCCUGCCCGCGCUGGGCCUGGGCGUGCUGCAGCUGCAGCAGGGCCUGGACGGGCUCCGCACGCUGCCCUCCUCCGUGCGCGUCUACCUGCACGGCCGGCAGCUGUCGGUCAGCAGGCACGAAGCGCUCCCGGUCCGCGUGGUCGACUCGGGCACCAGCGACUUCGCCCUCAGCAACCGCUACAUGCAGGUCUGGUUCUCAGGCCUCACUGGGCUCCUCAAGAGCAUCCGAAGGGUGGAUGAGGAGCAGGAGCACCGGGUGGACAUGGAAUUUCUCAUCUAUGGCACCCGAACUUCCAAAGACAAGAGCGGCGCCUACCUCUUCCUGCCGGACGGCGAGGCCAAGCCCUACGUUCCCAAGGAGCCCCCUGUGGUGCGUGUCACGGAAGGCCCCUUCUUCUCCGAGGUGGUCGCUUACUAUGAGCACGUGCACCAGGUGGUGCGGCUGUAUAACCUGCCAGGGGUGGAGGGGCUGUCUCUGGACAUGGCGUCCCUGGUGGACAUCCGGGACUACGUCAACAAGGAGCUGGCCCUGCGCAUCCGCACGGACGUGGACAGCCAGGGCACCUUCUUCACGGAUCUCAAUGGCUUUCAGGUGCAGCCCCGGCGGUACCUGAAGAAGCUCCCUCUGCAGGCCAACUUCUACCCCAUGCCCGUCAUGGCCUACAUCCAGGACGCGCAGCAGCGCCUCACGCUGCACACUGCCCAGGCCCUGGGCGUCUCCAGCCUGGAAAACGGCCAGCUGGAAGUGAUCUUGGACCGGCGGCUCAUGCAAGAUGACAACCGGGGCCUCGGCCAGGGGCUCAAGGACAACAAGAGGACCUGCAACCGAUUCCGCCUCCUGCUGGAAAGGCGCACGGCGGGCAAGAGUCCUGGCGAGGUCCAGGACACCGACUCUACCAGCUACCCGUCCCUGCUCAGCCACCUGACCUCCGUGCACCUGAACGCCCCGGUGCUGGCCCUGCCGGUCGCCAAGAGGCAGCUCCCCGGCUCCGCGCUGCGCUCCUUCCACCCUCUGGCGGCCUCACUGCCCUGCGACUUCCACCUGCUCAACCUGCGCACGCUCCCAGCCGAGGAUGACACCCUGCCCGCGCCUGACACGGCACUCAUCUUGCACCGCAAGGGUUUCGACUGCGGCCUUGAGGCCAAGAACUUGGGCUUCAACUGCACCACGAGCCAGGGCAAGGUGGCCUUGGGGAGCCUCUUCCGGGGCCUGGACGUGGGAUUCCUGCAGCCGACCUCCCUGACGUUGCUGUACCCGCUGGCCGCGCCCUCCAACGGCACUGACGUCUAUCUGGAGCCCAUGGAGGUCUCCACCUUCCGUGUCCGCUUGGGUUAGGGCUCCCCGUGGCCUGAAGCGUGCACCCCGAGGCUGCCUGUCUGUGUGAAGAUGGAGUUGGACAAGCCACGCUGGGUCUCCCCUCCCGAUCUGUCUCCAAACUGUCAGACUGGGCCCGGCCCUCAUUUUCCGUUUAUUGUUGCUUCUGUGUUAAGGGCAGCCCGACGCCAUGGCGGGCAGAGAGGGCAGAAGCUGGCGAGGUCAGGGAGGAAGGCCCUUGGCCAGGGCAGGCAGAGUCAUGCUGCUUCCGGUGGAGUGGCCACCCAGCCGGACACAGGCUCCCGUACCCAUCCUUUCCCCAGAAUGGGAUGUAGGAGAAGCAGGGGCCAGGGAGACUGCGUGGGUAACAACCCAGUGACCGAGGCCCUGCACGGGAGAACUGGCUCCAGCGUGGGGAGCAGGGUCAUGGUGACUCUGGGCGAAGAGGGCCAGGGAGCUAGCAGGGGGCUGGGGGAAUAAGGGGAUUCCCUGCUGCUCCUGAGUCUGAGGGCCUUGCUGCUUUCCGUGUUGGCUCCACUCCGUGCCACCUGGCACGUGUGCCUUGGCUUGGGGCCGCGGGGCCCCCUGUGCAUGGCGGUCAGGCCCUGAGCUCUCACCUCUGGUCAUCCUUCAACUCCCUGUGCAGGGACCUAUGGUUAUCACUUAGAGACUAAAUUAGGAGGCAGCAUGGCUGCUCGUGAGCCUUUGGUUAAUAGAGACCACCUGCUGUUAGUCUCUGUAGACCCUGAAAAGAUAAUGUGAUAAAAGCUAAGAUCCACCCCUUGUUACAACUCACAGUAAGUUGAAACUAGAGAGAAACCUCCUGUGUCCAGCGAGGUCUCCCAGAAGCCACCAGCUGAUGGCCUGGUGAAGCGGCCACCUCCACAGGCAUCCCCAUUAGCCCAGGGACUAGCCAGGGGCAUGCUAUUAGGCAGCAGUGUCCGGCACUCAUGCGCCCUGCAGGAAGGCAGAUGAGGGCGAUAAGGACAAACUACAGCUGUCAUUAUUUAUAGCCAAUAAAACUGCCUACCUGGACAACCUGA